CUUGGGACUUUGGUCCAAACUACAGCCUCAUAGACAUUCUGCAGGAUUGUUGUUGAAAAUGAAUCGAGCUGCCUGUCAGUGAAAUAACAGCAGUAGGUGCAUAAACGGGGGCACCAUCUAACCAGCAUGGCUCAAAAGCUGAUGAUAAUCGACACAGACUGUGGAAUAGACGAUGCUCUGGCUAUUAUAGUUGCCCUCGCAGCUCCCAACGUGAAGAUAUUGGGUAUCACCUGCUGUUUCGGGAAUGCUGAUGUGGAUAACGUAUGUCAAAACGUGCUGCGGGUACUGUCGGUCUGUGGACAAUCGCAGAUUCCAGUCUUCAAAGGGUCUGCUGGGCCUUUAGUUGGAGCUGUGAAGUCUUUAAAAGAUCACUUUGGCACAGAUGGGCUGGGAGAUGUUUUGGAGAACAGAGAUUCAGAGAUUUGGAAAUUGCAGAUACAAAAUGAGCAAGCUGUUCAGGCCAUGAUAAGACUGAUAAAUGAAAACCAGGGAGAGGUGUCCCUCAUAGCUCUUGGUCCGUUGACUAACUUGGCUUUGGCUGUAAGAUUAGAUCCCGGUCUGCCUCAAAAACUGAAGGAUCUGUACAUUAUGGGUGGUAAUAUGGAAGGCAAGGGAAAUGUGACACCAGGGGCAGAAUUUAAUUUUGGAAUGGAUGCAGAAUCAGCAUACGUAGUUUUGGAGGAAUAUACCUGCAAAACACACAUUGCAACCUGGGAGUUUACUUGCAAAAGCAAAUUAUCUUGGGAGUUUUUUGAUGAGCUGGUGAAUCAGGAUACAUCAGCUGCUCGAUUCAUGAAGAAGAUAACCUCGAAGUGCUGGGCCUUCUCUAGAGACUUUGGCAUCAACAAAAAAGAUGUCUUUUUUGGGAAAGGGUUUGUGCCCUAUGAUGCUUAUGCUGUUGCGGCUUGUGUAGACAGCAGUGUGAUUACAGAGAGUUUUGAAAGUGCUGUACGUGUGGAGAGGCAAGGCGAACUGGCACGAGGCAUGCUGAUUUUGGAUCCAUCCAAUACAUUGAACAAGGACCAUCGUGUUUUUUUGAUGACGAAAUGUGACCACCUAAAGUUUGGCUUGAUGCUUAAAAAAUCUUUACAGUUAGCAUAGAAAGAUGUGGAAAAUCUAUGAAUAAUAUCUGUGGGACUUAAGGUUGUAUUUGGUAUCCCAAAUUCUGUUCACCGUGUUGAGAAAUAAAACAAGUCAAUAUUCCAGCCUGAUAUGUUUAUUUCAACCAAUGUGACCAAUCUUUCACUCUCGAAGUGACAAAUGAAUGAUGCACAGAAGAACAUAUUUCAUUUUCUUUGAGCUCCCUCAAAUUAAAAGUCAAUUUUAGCAAAUAAAGCUUUUCACUUUAAGCGGUGGCCAAUUAAAACUAAAUAAAA